AUGGAUUUCCUGUUCGGACGCCGCAAGACGCCAGCCGAGCUUCUUCGACAGAAUCAGAGGGCUCUGAACAAGGCCAUCCGAGAGCUGGACCGCGAGAGAGCUCGUAUGGAGGCUCAGGAGAAGAAGGUUAUCGCGGAUAUCAAGAAUAUGGCAAAGAAGAAUCAAAUGGACUCUGUAAAAGUGAUGGCCAAGGAUCUGGUGCGAACUCGUCGUUAUAUCAAGAAAUUUAUCGUUAUGAAGGCAAAUAUUCAGGCGGUCUCCCUGAAAGUUCAAACCCUGAAAUCGCAAGAUGCGAUGGCGUCGGCGAUGAAAGGAGUGACAAAAGCGAUGCAAUCGAUGAAUCGGCAGCUGAAUCUUCCACAAAUCCAGAAAAUUAUGAUGGAAUUCGAGAAACAGAGCGAAAUCAUGGAUAUGAAGGAGGAGGUGAUGGGCGACGCGAUCGAUGAUGCUCUUGGAGACGCCGGCGAUGAGGAGGAGACCGAUCAGAUCGUUAAUCAGGUUCUCGACGAGUUAGGCAUACAAAUGGGCGAAGAAAUGGCCGGGCUCCCGUCGGCGGCCGGUGGACUCAAUGCUGGUGGAGAACGGAUCGGCGGUCGCCAAGCUGUUGCAGCUGGAGGUAGCGGUGGAGCUCAUCAUGGAGCCGGUGGAGCCGGUGGUGGAAAUGAUGUUGACGAUGAUCUUCAGGCCCGUCUUGAUCAGCUUAGAAGAGAAUGAUUCUGUUUCUGAUUUUUCAUUUCUUGUAAAUUUAUGUGUAUUUAUUCGAUUUUUUCCUCAAUUUUUCGCCGAAAAAUCCACAAAAAAAAUGUAUGGCAAGC